GCCCUAUAAACAAGACCCCCAGAUUCGAUGGACAGUAUAAAUAUUCUUCAAAGCGAUAAACUUCGGUUUUUUCCAGCAGUCCGGUAGUUAGUUUAUACUAGCUAGCUACACCAAGAAGAGCUCAAACUUCCGGAAGGUUGGCUACAGCAUCCUUAAUUUAGGGGGUCUUUUUGGACAUUUCUUGCUUGCAAAGAAGAGGAACUGUGGAAGCGAUGGCAGAUUGGAAGUCAGUGAGCUACAAUCCAUCCUACCAUGCUUUUUCCUAUGGUAUCAUGUACCAAACAGGGCCUGAGCAAAAUCAUCCCAACAUCUCAGGCUGGGCAGAGGCCGUUCACAACUCUGGGGUCAGCGGCGGCUACCACCAGCAAGCGCCGCAUGAAUCCCCACCCAGGAAUCCCGAACACAACAUUAGUAAUGGCAAUUCCCACCACCCAGGUCCUGUAAUGUAUCUCGGCGACCCUCAGAGCCAUACUCCGAUUGGAGGCCUUUUCAUUCCCCACAACCGGACUCCGUUUGAUCAACCGCCGAAGGAGAUCGAGCAGCCAGAUUCUUGGACUUCGGAGAAAAUCUAUCCUCAAACCAACCCUGCCACCUGGGUGAAAAGGGAGUUGGAAGAGGAGAUGGAAAGUGGAAGGCCAAAUGGUAGUGAGCUUGUCUCCAGCUCCUAUCCAGAGAACACAAGCGUACACAUUCUGGGGAGUGAGGACAACGCCCCACCGUCUUUGCCCUUGCCUCUCCCGGAGAAAGCGAACAAGGACACCCCCAAACAAAAAGCACGGACUGCUUUUUCAACAGGCCAGAUGGAUGCCCUGACCCAUUGGUUUAACAUGCAGAGGUACCUAUCCCCUGCUGAGAUGAAGGCCCUGGCUGGACUGACGGGGCUAACUUACAAACAGGUAAAAACUUGGUUCCAGAAUCGCAGGAUGAAACUGAAAAGGCACCAGAAAGACAACGGUUGGGAAUCUGCUGGGUAUCCAAACCCUGGCUACCCUAACAUGCCACCACGCCCUCAGUUUCAGGGAGAGGCCCAAACACAGAUUCUGGAUCAUCACUCCAACACUCAACAGUUCCAAGAGGCCAUGUUCAUUGAGAGCCGCCAGCAGAACCUGCCUUACUACACCGGUGGAUACCCUCAGCCAUCCUCCUCUCCCUCCCAGGCCACUGCGAGGCCCCUGGGCAACUGGCCCCUGCCACCAGCCAUGCCCCACUAAUGGCUUCUACAGCACAGCAAGGGGCUACAACAGGGACAGUGUAAAACACGACUCCAGCAUCACGACGACAGGAGCCCUACUCAUACCAACAGCUCCAUACGACCCUGUUUCACAAUGCUAGCCAAUAAUACACAGGGGAAUGUCUCAGUGGUAAAUCGACUGUUUUCCCAAAUGUGUGGUUGUUUGGAAGGAUUCUUAUAAUUAAGGUUGAGAUUCAGACACAGGUUAUUCUCAAAUAAUGCAGUGUUGGCUAAUUAUAUCAAUCCAUCUUAAAAAUGUGCAGGUCUGUUUGGACUUUUAUCCCUUAUUCAUAUGUUUGACAAACUUUUUCACUGUCUAUGUUGGAAGUGGCAGGCUUUUUUUGUUUUUUUUUAAAGCCAUCACUUAACUACAGAUGCUACACAUCUGAACGUGUGACCUUUCUCUUUUUAACUUUUUAGAAUUUUUACCUCUUUUAGUUAUGCCUUAUGCUUUUUUUCCCUUCUAUUUGGAUCAUAAACCCUUUUGGUUUUACCGUCCACCUGUAAUGAAAUGAUGUGGCCAUGUUGGUGGGAUUUACUUUUCUUUGUCUUUACACAGGGCAGUUUUUUGGAGAACCCGCCAACUGUUAAAAGCUCUACACGGAACGCUUCGACCAGGAUUGUUGGUAAUGUCAUCUUGUUGCCUGAUCUGUCACUCUUGCAAAGGGGAAACAAGGCCUGGUUGUACAAAUAAAGCAUGUCU